AUGAAGAGGCAUCCCGAACUAUCUCUAAGAAAACCUGAAGCGACAUCUGUUGCAAGAGCAAUGGGCUUUAAUAAAAGGGUUGUAGAUGAUUUUUUUCAACUUCUUGGUGGGUUAAUGGAUCGAUAUAAAUUUAAGCCUGAUAGGAUAUAUAACUGUGAUGAGACGGGGAUUUCUUCUGUACCAAAAUCCAAAUCUAAAAUUAUUGCAUCAAAGGGUAGGAAACAAGUUGGGGCUAUUACUUCUGCUGAACGCGGAGAAACCGUUAGCGUAUUUCCCGAUCCUAGUACGUUUCAGCGCGGGGGGCGGAGCCAAGACCUUUCUGCAUGA